CCGCUAGGAUAAAAAACUAAGUAAACCCUACGAGAUAAUCGAGCUACAUUAUUCAGAGGAAAACGACACGGGAAUCUCCUUAGGUCGGGAUAAAUGUUUUUAACAGAUCAGCGUUUAGUUUCGGUGUGGUGGAGUCUCGGGAGACCGUUAGAGGAGCGGCGAAGCUCCGAGUGGAUCUUUAAGGAGGCGCUCCGAUGCUACGUAGGCAUCAGGAGGAAGAAAAGGGUUUUAGUACGCGGCCGUUUGACCAGGGCACUGUAACUCCGCCGAGUCGUUUUUAAGGUUUGCAGCUUAGCACUAUAUUUAUUUUCCUGUAUAUCUUAAAUUUUGAGCAUUGGUUAGUGUUAGUGUGAUGGCAGGUCGGAGUCGCAGAGCGUGGUUCAGUGUUCUCCUGGGGCUGGUUGUCGGCUUCACGCUGGCUUCCAGGCUCAUCCUGCCCAGAGCCAACGAGCUAAAGAGAGCCGGGCAGAAGCGGAAAGCCAACCCCGCAGCCUGCGGGAUCAACAGGGGUCUGAAAAAGGACGGAGUAAUAUGGGCCCCCCAAGUCAACGAUUCACCGACGACCGAGAACCCAGGGACAAGAUCUUUGAACUUCCUGUUCGUCGGAGUCAUGACGGCCCAGAAGUACCUGAAGAACCGAGCAGUGGCGGCACACAGGAGAGAUCCUGUCCCAGUAUGGAUGGUACCUGCUGGCUGGAACCAUCAUGGUCUACUUGUUUAUCCAACACCUGAGGAAAAGGAUGUCAGCUGGACCAAGUGACCCCAUCUUGUAUUCACUGCACGAUUCUUCGAAAGUAGCCAGAAGACAGAGGUCCCAGGAAGCAGCUCAUAGGAAGAUGCAGGAGGAGCUGAAUGCCAAAGCUGCCAUCAUCAUAGAGAAACAGAAACAGAGCACUGACAAGGCUGGCUCAUCUUCAUCAACGGCACAGAAAACGAAGACAGGCAAGAAGCAGCUUCGCAGUAAUGACUACAGUCCCCUGAUGGGACCGGGAGGAGGCACCUGCUCCUGGAGACCUGGUAGGAGAGGGCCAUCGUCUGGUGGAUGAGGUUAAAUGUCUGAGGUUCUGGUCUCUAUGACCUUUAACCUCUGUGUGUAAUGCACACUGACUGUUUGGACCAAGCAGACCUUGUACACAAACCCACUGAUAGAAAACCAGGCUACCUAAAUGUUAGAAAAACAUAUUCAAGUCAUGCAUUUUUAUUUUUUUGAAUGGAAAGAUCCCAAAUCAGGAACUCUAAGCCCCUGUGAGGUGGACGAUAAAAUGGUUUCCAUGAAAAUGGUUCAAAUCAACCGUGUCUGUCUGCGUCACAGCUCCACGUGAAAACUACUGCUCCAACACCGUUGACGUGCUGGGUGUACAUCUCAGAAGGGUACCAGGAACAAGUCCACAAGCGCAGUUUCUUAGGAAAAUUUUGGCAUUGAUGUGAAAAUCCACGUUCUAAGAGUUCAGCGCUUUGAGGGUUUUAGGGUGACGUGAAACAUCUUUUACGUCAUUGUCUCGCCUGGUGCUGACGAGAGUUGGCUCUGACUGUGUAGUGAAGAGUUGGACUUCCUGCUGUGAGGGAUGGACAUUUACAAAAUUGCACAAUUAUUUUACUAAAGCAAUUCCAUCUAACAAGAAAUAAUUAACUUUUUUUCUACUUGACAUGUAAGUUAAAUAUUGUCCCUCCAUCCAUUCUCCUCCGCUUAUCUGGAGUCGGGUCAUGGGGGCAGUAGCCUAAGUCACGAGGCCCAGACUCCCCUCUCCCCAGCCACUUACGCCAGCUCUUCCGGGGGAAUUCCAAGGCGUUCCCUGGCCAGGUGAGAGACAUAGUCUCUCCGUGUCCAGGGUCUCCCUUUAGGUCUCCUCCCGGUUGGACGUGUCCGAAAACCUCACCAGGGAGGCGUCCAGGAGGCAUCCUGACCAGAUGCCUGUGCCACCUCAACUGAUUCCUCUCUUCUGUUUAUUCUUAAUCUCUGCAUCCACAUAUUUUGUUUACAUCCAUACCUGGUAUCAUUUGUAGUCUCCGGAAUAAUUUCUAUGAAUUUAGAUAAGACUAGUUAAUUAGUUGGUGUACUUGGAAGCUUGUCAUGAGGCCAUUCCUGCAAAUGGAACCUGACCAAUGGGUUUGGCUGAAGGUCUUAAGUCAGUUUUUGUAAGUAUUGUAGUUCAAACCUUUGUAGCAUGUGGACAUUGGUUAGUUACAGAAGGCAACCUGAACACAUGGUUAGGUUUGUUUUCCUGUUAUGGAGUCACAUUGAAAUAUAUUUUUUAUGCCUCCUUUAUGCAAUAAAGAUGUUAAAACUCAAA